CUACGAGCGGCCCGUGCGUGCCUCCCCUCCCCUGGUUGGUUUUCCUCUCCAGUGAUGGCGACUGAAGGCGGCCUCCGGAUGCUGCUGCUGGCGGACGCCUCGCCGUGGAGCGUCUCCGGCGCCGCGGCGGCCGUGGCGCUGCUGUGGUUCGCCGCCUGGGUCCUGGAGUGGGCGUGGUGGACGCCGCGGCGGCUGGGCCGGGCCCUGCGGGCCCAGGGCAUCGGCGGCACCCGGUACCGGCUCUUCACCGGCGACAUACCGGAGAACUCCCGGUUCAACGCGGAGGCCCGGUCGCAGCCCAUGCCGCCCGGCUCCCACCACAUCACCCCUCGCGUGCUGCCCAUGUUCACCAACGCCAUUAAGGAGCACGGGAAAGUGUCCUUCACUUGGUUUGGCCCAACACCAAGGGUGAUGGUUCCAGACCCGGAGUUAGUUAGAGAAAUCCUGUCCAACAAGUUUGGCCACUUCGGGAAACAAAGGAGCACCCGUAUCGGACGGCUGCUGGCCAACGGGCUUGCAAAUCAUGAAGGAGAGAAAUGGGCAAAGCACCGAAGAAUCCUCAACCCUGCCUUUCACCAUGAGAAGAUAAAGAGGAUGCUGCCAGUUUUUUCUGCCUGCUGCGAAGAGAUGAUUACAAGAUGGGAGAAUUCGAUGUCCGCUCAAGGAUUGUGUGAGGUCGACGUCUGUCCAGAGUUCCAGAAUCUUACCGGAGAUGUCAUCUCGAGAACAGCAUUUGGUAGCAAUUUUCAGGAGGGCAUGAAGAUAUUCCAGCUACAAGGGGAGUUAAGUGAACGGCUAAUACAGGCGUUUCAGACACUUUUCAUCCCAGGCUAUUGGUUUUUCCCAACAAAGAACAAUAGAAGGAUGAGAGCAAUUGAUCGUGAGAUCCGCAUGAUUCUGCGAGGCAUUAUUGGCAAAAAGGAAAGAGCUAUUAAAAAUGGUGAAGCUAGCAGUGAUGACUUGCUAGGACUGCUCUUGGAGUCAAAUAUGCAACAAUCAAAUGGGAAGGCGGAUCUAGGACUGAGUAUUGAAGAUAUUAUUCAGGAAUGCAAGCUAUUUUACUUUGCAGGUAUGGAGACAACAUCAGUCUUGCUCACAUGGACACUAAUUGUGCUAUGCAUGCACCCAGAGUGGCAAGAGAAGGCAAGGGAGGAAGUAUUGCAUUACUUUGGAAGAACCACACCAGAUUUUGAGAGCUUGAGUCGCCUGAAGAUUGUAACAAUGAUUUUUUAUGAGGUUCUUCGAUUGUACCCGCCAAUAACCUUCCUUACGAGAAGAACAUACAAGGCAAUGGAACUUGGUGGCAUCAAAUAUCCGGCAGGAGUGAACCUUAUGUUGCCCAUUCUCUUUAUCCACCAUGAUCCCGAUAUUUGGGGAAAAGAUGCAAGAGAAUUCAAUCCAGAGAGAUUUGCUGAUGGCAUCUCGAAUGCGGCAAAGCAUCCGGCGGCGUUCUUUCCGUUUGGAGGGGGGCCUCGAAUCUGCAUCGGCCAGAACUUUGCGUUGCAGGAAGCAAAGAUGGCUCUGAGUACCAUCCUCCAGCGCUUCUCGUUCGAGCUCUCGCCGUCCUACAUCCACGCGCCGUACACCGUGAUAACCCUGCAGCCGCAGCACGGUGCUCAAAUUAGGCUGAAGAAGAUAUGAGCAUGCUUUCUCAUGGGGCAGUGAAUUUACAUACGUGUUGUGUAUAGUUUAAAGUUUUAGCUUUUGGCUGAAUAAACAUAGCAGCUAGGUUUCAUGUUGUAGUCACAAAAAAAAUAAAUGGGUUCAUGUUGUGUAUGCUUUUUUGAAAUAACUGAGUGAGUGGAAAUAGUAGUUUAGUUGAACUCUAGUUUGCUUCAGUUCAUAAUAUUAUUGCAAGGGUGUAACUUCCAUUCA